AGGCGGAGCGAGUAGGUGUAGAAAGUCGUGUUGCAACCGCACUAUGCCGUGAAAUAAACGAAAAAAAGCAAGCAAGAUGUUGCUUUGCGACGACGCAAGGGUCGUGCUGUAUCAUAGCUAGCCUUUGCGAUUUAGCGCCGCGGCUUCCCGGUCCUGCGAUAGGACACAAGUUCCUCGACCCGCGGUACUAAGUAGCGCCGCCCACCGCUGCAGGAGCGGUGGUGCCCUCCCGCUCGAUCGCGAAGAUCUUCGUGGAGGUCGUCCUGCGGUGCCCCGACAUAAAGAACCAAAAUCAUGUCGGACGUCUACGCCGUGCUGAAACGGCGGCUAGCCGAGCUGCAUUACACAGAACACUUCCCGCACGAGGCCGCACCCAUAGUGGACCACUUGCUACAGGACUUGCUCAAAUCAGUGGAGUCCUUCCACUUGCUAAAGCAGCGGUAUGAGGAUUCCGAGGGGAACCGACAGUAUCAAAUGCAAACAUGUCUGGGUCGUCUGGAAGACUGCAACUUGUCAUGCUAAGUCUCGACCACAAAAAAGCUGUGUUGCACGAACGCCAAAAGCUGCCCGCUUCUUGCUAGGUAAAAUGCGGAUUUCUCAUGCGGGAUAGGCAUGAGAAAGGUGUCACAAAAUUUGUGAUGCUUUUGUGUGCAUUCCAGACGAUGUGCGUGGUGCACGAGAUGCAUGACAAAUCUUGCGGUUUAGACAUAUUUGCACUUGAUAGACAGAAAGACGUGGCAAAGUUCGAGGAGAACGCGAGAAGGUACAGGAAUAUAUACGUAAAUAGUGAUUUGUCAUGCGGAUAUUGCAAGUGGGCAUAUGGUUGUCAUGCAGAAAAUGCAUCUUACCAAAUUUGAACGAUACCUCCAUCAGGCAAACCGCCGCCCUCGAGGAGAGGUUCAAUCGAGAAAAGCGGGAUAUCAAAUGCAAAUAUGUCUGGUUCAUCUGGAAGGUUGCAACUUGUGAUGCUGCAUUUGGAUACUACAAAAAUCUGUAUUGCAUGAACAGCAAAUGAGGUCCAGUUUUUGCCACGGCGAGAAGGCAUUUCUCAAGCGAUAUAGGCAUCAGGAAACCCUCACAAAAUCUGUGAUGCUAGGGCAUGCAUCACAGACGUCAGGUGUCAUGGACCUGUGCAUGACAAACCUUGCAUCCUUCCAGACCCAGACAUUUUUGCAAUGCAUACGGGCUUUGCAGGACCAAUUGGAGCAGCAAAAAAGUCUAUGGUGAGGAAAAAGAAAUCGCCACCUCGACGACGUAAAAAUCCUUAGCCUUAGUUGAUACGACCAAGGAUUUCUUCACAUUUGCAGCCAUUACACUUUGUAGUAGAAGGAAGAAGGUGAACAUACUUCUACCCGCAUCCAUGCUGAGCAUAGCUUGUGCAUGAAACCAGAGCUCUUGCACAGGGUGAAAAAAAAGCCGUUCUACUGCUCUGUCGUAUGAAUGUAGGACGAUGAACAUCACUUCUUUGGCGAAUUAGCAGUAGGUAAUUCUAAUAGACGUCGUCAAGGGACACGUGGUUUUCCUCUUUCCUACGAUAAACUCUGGGACUCGCAAAAACGCAGAACAAUGAGGAAGCCGAGGUAAGAUUUUGUACAAUUACCGCAUGCAGAGACAAUGGACCUAAAAUUUGCAGAAAGAAUGUGUACUGUCGAUGACUCGACACAAUGGAGGACGACGCGUUGCGUCUUUCUUCUUCACUGCAUGAUGACCAUGCUUCUAGAAAAUUAAUCAAGGUGGAAAUCCGGCAGCUGCGCGACCGGCUGCGUAUGAACUGCAAAAUUAUCGUACGUGCUAGUAGUGAUUGCAAUACAAAUUUUCUCAGCAUUAGAAAUGGAAGUUGUAAUGCGGAUUUACCUUAAGAUCUGGAUUUGUAAUGCAUAACUGCAAUCAGAAGUACGAGUGCGAUACUUUUGCAUUGCAUACUGCGCAAGGCGGAGCAAAUGAACGAAGCGAACGCCAGCACCUCGACUGCAGCGUUUGAUAAUUUGAAGCUAUGCAUUGCAGAAGUAUAGUAUGAAUCGCAUUACAAAUUUCCUAAACAUGACAAAUGGAAUUUGUCAUGCUGAGUUACCUAUAGAAACCAGAUUUGUCAUGCAAGGUCGGCAGCUAUCACAAAACACGAGUGCGUUCUUACUUCUGCCAUGCAUAGAAGCAAGCCCACAACAACUUGAAACACGAUCUGGCGGCCCUGCAGACCCGGUACCAGAUGCAGAUCGAGAAGGAGGCUGAGUUAUGCAUUGCAAAAGUUGAAGUAUCGUACUAGUAGAAAUCGCAUGGCAGAUAAUUUCCUCUUCAUGAAAAAUGAAAUUUGUCAUGUAGAUUUACGUUUACCUUCAAAAAAGAGAUUUGACAUGCAAAUAUCUGCAAUCACAGUACCAGUGCGAUACAGAUACUUCUGCGGAUGCAUACGAGUACGAGAACAAAAUCGAAAAGUUAACCCAGUUGACCAAGGAGCAUUCGACAAUCGAAAACUCGGUGAUGGAUAUCAAAUGCAAAUACGUCUGGGUCUUGAAAUAAAGUGGAACUUGUAAUGCGUGUCUUGCAUUCCUGGAAAAUCUUCUGUAUUGCAGGUGUAGUAAAAGAGGAGCUUCCUUUGUCAUGCAAAAAGGCAAUUUGUAAUGCGUGCUAGGCAUCAGCAGGCGUGGUCCCAAAAACUUGUCAUGCUUGGCUGCCAUUGCAAGGGCUUCAAUCAUACGCAAGUCACAGCAUCACAGGUUCUUUCCCGACCCGAACAUAUUUUCAGCGCAUAAUGGAAAAGCACGCACAAUUUGUGUCCUGCAACAACGAACUGGCGGAGCUCAAAGUGGAAAUGGGGGAGAUGCGAAACCAAAAGAAGCAGAAAGAAGACGAACUGAAGACCACCCAGGAGGAGCUGUCCAGCGUGAAAAGCCAGUUCACUGUCGUGCAGCUGCGGCUGGACGUAUUUUUAAACCGUGUUUCUCUGCUCCUAGAAGAGGCAGCCAUCGUGUUGGUAAUGUCAAGGUCGUGCACGAAAAUGAUACUGGAAUUAUGAUUGAGAACAAGAUGUGAUUGAUAAUAUCUUUGUUGUAGAAGUUGAAGUUGCCCAAGAACACCACGAUCUAUCAGGCCGCCCUGAAAUCCCCCUUCGACGACGGGUCUCUGAACACGGAUAUCCUAUGUAAAAACGUCCCCACCCCAGAGUCAAGAUGGGGAAUCGGCUAGACAAAUCCACAAGUUUUGCCUGUUUGGCAUGACAAAUUUGGACUCGUAGUGUGCUGUUAUUUGAGGUUGUUCAGCAGCAUCACGAACUUAGUAUAUCAUGCUGAUUGGAGAAUGACAAAUUCCAAAACACGGCUAGAAAAUGCUUGCUCCCAUGGGGCUCCGCAUAAGAAACGUUUUCAGUAUGCAGAUUUGCAUUACAACUGCGCGGUGAGGGCGUUUUUAAAUACGAUAACGGACGCCCGCGUCCAGGAGCUGGAGCAACUCGUGGAGCGCAUCACCGCGGAUUUAGCGCAGUCCAACGCGGAGAAGGUGAACACCCGGACGCAACUGGCUUUAAAAACGGCGGAAUUAGUAUCAGAAGGAAAAAUCCCCCCUCCCCAUAUCGAAAAGGAAAUCUCUGAUGCUGGAUUUGCGUACACAAAUCCGAUUUGUCUUGCAGUAGAGGACUGCACGCAGAUCGCAAGCCUAGGUAGGGCCCUUUUGGUGUAGGCGCCUAGCAUGGUACACGGCUGCCAUGUAGUCCCUACGGCAUUACAAAUCGCCUGCAUAACGUGGCGGACUGCCUGCGCUUGGCUUGCUGCAAGACCGGCGCGAUCUGUGGCCACAAAUCUGCAUCGCAAAUUUUCAGACGGAUGCGUUUGCAAUAUGGGGAGCGAGGAUUUUUCCUUGCAAUAAUUAGAGGAAACCGAGCAACAGCUCCGGCAGUGGAAACUGCAGAACCAUUCGACCUCGAUUUCCGCGUCUUCCACCAUGAAACAGAGCGAGAAAAUGCAGUCCCAGGUGUCCGAGCUGAUGCAAUCUUUGCACGAUUUGAAGGACGAAAAGGGGUCGCUACAAAAAUAUUUGGAAGAGAGACUGCUCCAGUUGGGAGCGAAGGACGCCGAAAUUGCUUCGUUGAAUUACGAGGUGAGCAGUUUACGGGGCGAUUUGGAGCAGCAGUUGGCCGCGAUAUCAGAGCUGAAGAAGUCGCAGCAGGCAGAGCUAGAGGCGAGGAGAAAAAGGGAUGAGGAAGCGGUUGCGCUUAUCAGAUGGGCAAAAAGUUGUUGUGUCUUCGGCGUGACAAAUUUAUGUUGCAAUCAUAGCAUGCAAAUGCAUGAUUGGCAAGCUUGUCAUGCGCGACUGCAAACAAUAAAACUUUUUUCUGUGUGAUAACGCUGAAGUCGGAGGAAAUGGAGCUGAAAGUACUUACUACUCCAUGCGAUAGUGAUGAAAAUGAACUUGUCAUGCAAAAAUGAACAGCGGGAGGUGGCGGAAUUUGAACAGCGGGAGUGGCGGAGGUGUCGUUCCUGGGAAAACAAAUGAAAAUUUAAAAUUGAAAAAUAAACCACAACGCACGACUUACUCCCCAGCCCCACGUGGAACCUCCGGGGGGCAGCAACAGCAGCAACUACACGGGAGAUUGAAUGCCGUGUCUACGUCGAGAAACAAGAUCAUUAAUUCCUCCGUGUUGUCAACAACUUCCACAGGGUCAACUAUUUCAGUCAACCCCGGAGGUGCAGCUGCUCCGGGGGAACAAACAUCUAGUAAUAAGAAGCACAAAAGAACCGCGGUGAACCCAUCUGUGCUCAUGUCGUCGAUUGGCACGGUGAACGAGGAGGAGGAUCUGGACGAUGUGGAUCCGAUCUUGAAACAGAUGAAUGUGCUGUCGGUGAGAGAAGAAGAAGAAGAAGAAGAAGAAGAAAACUACAUCAAGCUGCAGGGGAAUCAGCAUCCAGGAACUUCUGCAACUAUGGGCAAAAACGAAUCUAUACCCGGCGGUGGUUGUACUACAUCCUCAACUUCUAUGACAAAAGCCGCGAACCAAGAGUACGACAAAAUUACGGAACAAUACGUUGCUUUGCGGCUCGAACCCUACCAGAAAAUUCUCCAUAUCAAUUGCAAAUAUGUCUGGGUCGGGCAGAAGGCCAGGUUUGUCAUGCUCGGCCAGCAUGAGUCUCAAGUCUGUCAUGUACGUUAUCCAAGCGCCCCGAGUGGUUACUGUCAUGCAGAAACGCAGUUUGCCAUGCAGAAUGGGCAACGCCUAGCGACUCAAAAACUUGUCGUGCUUCGCUGCGAUUGGAGGCGUCCUCAUGACUGUCGAGCCCGCAUCACAAGUUCUUUCCAAACUCCGACAUACCUGCAGGUGAUACUCCAAGUUUUGAAGCAAAAAGAGAAAACGUUGUACGAUCAGGUGCAAUAUCAAAUGUAAAAAUGUCUGGGUCUGGAAGAAUGCAACUUGUGAUGCUGCAUUCGGAUUCCAAAAAAAUCUGUAUUGCGUGAGCAGCAAAGGGGAUGCGAUUUUUGCUACGCGGGAAGGGCAUUUCUAAUGCGGAAUAGGCACUCCAUGCGAUAGUGAUGAAAAUGAACUUGUCAUGCAAAAAUCUACAUUCAAUAACGUUUUUUCUCAUGCUAAUUUUACCAAAUACAACUACACCAGGCCUCCCACGCUUCUGCCAAGCGCCUGCUCAACGACGCGCAGGAGCGCAUCGCCCUCCUCGAGACCGAACGGACGAGCUUGCAUAUGCAAGAGAAAAAGUGUGUAGGUGUAUUAUUAACUCUGUCAUGCAGAACAUGCAACAGAGUUACGCCUGUCAUGUCAGACAACCAUCAUGAAGUCCUCUUUUCGCUUGUGUUUUCCCUUACAAGCCACGCAUGAGAGGUUUUCUCUGUCAUGCAGAGCAAAUUUGUGAUGCUGUUCCUCCAGGAAAGUUACAGUUACACACUUUUUUUCCUGGAUAUUGCAGACCGAGUGCAGCACGUGGGUGGAAAAGCUGAAAGAGUCGAAAAGAGAAAAGGCGGAUCUUGAGGAGAAAUUGGAAAAAGCCAUGCGGACCGAAAUGAGUAGGAUUUUUGAUAUUCUUUGUUUUGCUUUUUCAUUGAUUUUAUGCGAGCUUCACCGGUGCAUGAAGAUGACAAGCACCCUCUCAUACCUCUGUUGGUGUCUGCGUGACGAAGACAACCAUCCAUACUUGUGAAACAUAAAACAAUAAAAGGUAAAGAAUCCGACAUCGUCCGGCUCACUUCUGAGCAUUCGAAAUCUAGGCAGUGCAAAUAUGUCUGGGUCUGGAAGAAUGCAAGACUGUCAUGCUCGGCUGGCAUGCCUCUUUAACUCUGUGAUGCAUGAGCAGGAAAAGAUCCCCUUGCCUGUCACGCAAGGGCGCACUUUGCCAUGCGAAAUGCGCAACAUAUAGGAGCAGCUCCAGAACUUGUCAUGCUUGCCUGCGUAUUGCAGUGCGCCAAUCAUAGGCAGACUUGCAUCACAAGUUUCUUCAACGUAUUUGCAGUUGAUAAAAUCUAGGAAGGAACAGGACCUGGAAAACGCCUCUUUGAAGAUCGAAAACGAGAAACUUUUAUGACUUGCAAAAGUAUCGUACUCGUAUUGCAAUCAUGCAUUACAAAUUUUGUUCUCAAGGUAAAUCCGCAAUACAAAUUUUAUUUCUCAUGCUGAGAGAAUUUGUCAUGCAUUUAAGAUACGAGUGCGAUACUUUUGCAAUUCAUAACUUCUAUCCCGCAACGAAUCUUUACAGCAGGAACUGAAGCUAGAAAAGCAGCAACUCUUAGACAAGGUCGCGCAGUUCAACCAGGAGAUGACGUCCAUUCAACAGGAAGUUCUGUCUAUCCUGUGCAAAAGUAUCGCACUCGUAUUGCAAUCAUGCAUUACAAAUCUUUUUCUUAAAAGGUAAAUAAAUUCGCAUUACAAAUUUUAUUUCUCAUGCUAAGAAAAUUUGUGAUGCAUUUAUACGAGUACGAUACCUUUGCAGGCCAUACUGUCCCUGGCGGAGCAAAACCAGGACUUGAUUCUCACGAAGGAAAAGUCCGAGAUUAUCGUCACCAACGAGAAAAAAUCGAGCGAAAAGCUGGAGGUGUUGGUGACGGAGUUACAGAAGGAAAAGAAGCUCGUGGAAGAGAAGUGCGAUACGAUCGAGAAGGAGCUGCAGGAACUGAAGUCUUCGAAGUCACUGCAGUCCUUCACGAUGGACCAGACCGAGACGAAGUUGAACGCGUUUGAGCAGGUAUCAAAAGGAAAAACCCUCUCUCCAUAACGAAAAGGAAAUUUGUGAUGCUGGAUUUGCGUACAGAAUUGCAGCAAGAGCGUGGCGGCAAAUUCUAAGCCCAUUUGGGUACGCAGCCGGCUAGCAACUGAGCAUGCGAAACACGUCUAACAUAUGCGAAAACGCAUGACAGACUCGCUGCACAAUACGCCACAUGGGUGCCGUUUGCCUUGUACGCAAGACAAAGCUGUUUUGUGGUCACAAAUCAGCAUCACAAAUUUCCUUUUCGAUAUGGGGAGGGGGGAUUUUUCCUUUUGAUAGCAGGAGAGGAUUGUUUUCGUGAAGGAAAUGGACCGACUGCGGCAGGAGCUGAAAGAGAAGGAAAAGUAUGCAUUGCAAAAGUAUCGUACUCGUAGUAUUGCAAUACAAAUUAGCUCAGCAUGGCAAAUGGAACUUGUCAUGCUGAUUUAGCUUGAAAACGAAAUUUGUUUUGCAGAAUCGCGAUUACAACUACGAGUACGAUACUUUUGCACAGGAUAAAAAGGUCACAGAAGCGAAGAAAUCCGACUACACGUUUUUGGAGAAGGGAAAUGAGGAGCUGAGCACGAAGAACAGUGAAUUAAAGGAAAAAUGUGUAAACCUAGAGGCGGAAAAGUCGCAGCUUACGUCUCUCAUGACGGCUUUGGAACACACCCGGGAGCAGCUCGUGCAGCAGCUACAGGAGACGCAGAGGGUGUUGGAUUUCGAACGGCAAUCGCGGUCGGAAAUGUUAUCCACAAAGGAGAAGAAGGACGAGAUUUUAGAGGAAAAGCAGAUCACGAUCCAAUCACUUCAAUCCGCUCUCAAAGAGCUAGACAAGGAGAGGGACAGCCUGCAGUCUAUCGCGGACGAGAAAGCGCAGGAAAACCGGGUCUUGGAAUUGCAGUUAGAAGAAUCCAACAAAGCGGAAUCUGCGCUGCAGAACGGAAUCGAAGAGUUGCGGCGGAAGCUGGAUAUGCAUUGCAAAUACCCCUGGAUGUCUGGAAGGAAGCGAACUUGUGAUGCUAACUGUGGAUUGUAAAAAGAUCUGUAUUGCUAUUGCAUGACCAGCAAAUAAAGGGGUCCAGUUUGUGCUACGGGGGAAGGGCAUUUGUCAUGCGGAGUAGGCAUGAUCAGGAAGCCCUCUAAAAAAAAAAUCUGUGAAGAUGCUAGGCCAUGCAUUACAGGAGCCAUGGAUCAUGCAAAACAUGCAUGACAAAUGUCUCGCAAUCUUCCAGGCCCAGACAUAUUUGCAGUUGAUACUGGACGUCUCUUCCCAACAGUUAACCGACCGGGAGAAGCAACUCUCCGAGCAGAGCGAGCGGAUUUUGAACCUCAACGAGAAUUUAUCCUGGGUAAAAACGUCCCCAUAUCUGAGUCAAGAUGGAAAAUCUGCUAGACAAAUCAGCCAGCUUUGGUUAUUUCGCAUGACAAGUUUGUCCUCAUAGUGUUUUCCUGUUUGGCUAGUUCAGCAGCAUCACAGAUCUAGAGCGUCAUGCUAUUUGUAGCGUCGCAAAGCCGAAAACACGACUAGAAAAAGCUUCUCAUGUGGUUUCGUAUGAGACACUUCUUUGGCAUGCAGAUUUGCAUGACAGCUUUGGGGUGGGGAUGUUUUUACUCAGAAUAGAAUUUGGAGCAACAGCGGGCGGAUAACUUAAACUACCGACGGGAUUUAGAUUUGUACGCGGAAGAUUUGUCGGUGAUGACGCGGGAAAACGCGACUCUAAAUGAAGAAUUGUCCGUUUUACAAAGGGAUCGGGAAGUCUUCUCCGCGGAAAAAUCGAAGUCGGACUCGAUGCAGCAAACCUACGCACAGCAGCUGAAGAAAACGGAAUUAGAGCGGGACGACAUGAUCCAAUUGUACAAGGAGAUCGUGGAAGAAUCACAACGGUAUGCACUGCAAAAGUAUCGUACUCGUAGUAAUUGCAGCGAUGCAUGACAAAUCAUCCACUUCCACUUUACCCGAAUCCGCAUUACAAAUUGGACUUUUCAUUCUGGAAAAAAUUGUAAAUGCAAUUUCCACUAGGACGAUGCUUUUGCAAUGCAUAAACGGCAGGAGAAGACGAUAAAGCAACUGACCGUCGAGCGGGAGGAAUCGUCGAAGAAGCUGUCCGACUACUAUCAGAGUGCACAACUACCCAUGCAAAAUCCCAAAUCCAGUUGCAGCCCUGUAGCGCCGCUGUUGGCAUGACAAAUUCUGGAAGCCCAAACAGUUCUAGUCGGCGCAUAGAAGAUUUGUCAUGCACACGCGCCACAAGUGAAUGUGUUGGCGUUUGUAUUGCUGUUCAUGCUCUCCAAAUGAGGGGGAGGAGAAGCAGUUGUGCACUCUGAUACCCACUCCGUUAGGAACAAAGCCUUGAUUGACGCGGAGGAGCGCGCGCUGUCCGCCGCAUAUGGGGUUCUCAAGCGUUACAUUCUCAACUGUUGCAUGGAUUUGUAAUGCAAAAUUGAAUAAAUGCGUAUCAUCUACAGGAUCAACGUCAAGCUGCUUCGCAUGACAAGUUCUCGACGUCGCACCGGAUAGCAUUAUAAUCUGCGCCAAAGUUGUAAUGCAAAAGGCGCAAUCUUCCGCCUUGCACUUUUGCCAUUCUUGCAUCAUUGCAGUUGAGCAUGUAACAGUUGAGAACGCCAUACCGCGAGGCAAGAGGGCUUGAACGUGGUGGCCUUGAAACAGCAGGUGAGCGAUUUGUGCCAGCGGUUGGAGUAUCAAAUGCAAACAUGUCAUCUGGGUCUGGAAAUUUGUGAUGCUAAAAUGUGCAAGAGGAAGUCACUUCCUCAUGCAGGAAAGCAUAACAAGUCUGCACAUCGCUUUAUCAUACGAACUCCGCAUGAGAAACUGCGUUUUUGUAAGACGUGAGAGGCUAAGUACCACUUUUGUUGGUCAUGCAAUACAGAUUUCACAGGAAUGCAGGACCAUCAUUACACGCUCCAACUUUCCAGACCCAGACACUUUUGCAAUCCAUAUGGAGGGAUUGACGCAGGAGGCGGAGGAGAAAUUAAGGCGGGAAAGGGAGUUUGAGCAGGAGAUUUUCGUACUGAUUUUGAGGAUCAUGUGUUUCAGGUUUGAACUUGGCAACAACCUUCUAAAAAUGUUUUCUCAUUGACAUGGCACGAAGACAACAGCAGCGGUAUAGGUAAAUUUGACUCGACUUGGGAGAAGUGUUGGAUCUAGUAUAAGUAACAAGUACUUGAGUUUGAUGUCACAACUUCAACUCUUACAAAAGGUUUCCGGCCAAGCGGUGAAGGAGGUCGAGCUGCGUCGCUUCAACCUGGAGCGCGACCUCGCCGCCUCCCGGGCCCAGCAGGACAGAUCGCUGAUCGAGUCGACCAGGUUGAAAAACGACCUCCAGCAGGAGAAAGAGCUAACAAAGUUGGAGCGGCAGCGCAACAAAAAGUUGGAAGCGUUGUUGGCGGAAGUGAGGAAAAGCUCGUCGAAUGUCAACGACUCCGGCGCAGCGGUGGGCGGGCAGGACCGAACCAAUACCAGUGCGAUCACGAGUACAAGCUUGAUGAACGCAACGUCCUUAAACGCCACCACCAUUCAGAACGCAACCACCAUGGAAAAACCGAUAAAUUCCACGGCGACGGGCGGGACGGCGGACUUGCAAACUUUGUACAAAACGUUGGAUCAGCAGUACGCUUUGAUAGGCGAAUAUCGUGAGAAAAAUAGUGUUACAGUUACACACUCUGAUGGAAGACAAGCAAGACAGACAACCUCUUUCCUGCAGGAAAUGCUUGCCAGGGCCAGCCUCCUUUCCUUUGUGUUUUGCCUUACAUACAGUCUGCGCAUCACAGGUUUUCUUUGCCAACAUGUCGAGCAACUUUGUGAUGCAGAAACUCCAACAAGUGUGUAACUGUUACACUUUUUUCCCUGGAUAGCGAAAUGGACGCGGAAAAUGUGCGGCUGACAGCGGAGAAUGAGGUAUCAAAAGGAAAAAUCCCUCCUCCCCAUAUCAAAACAAAGUUUCUGAUGCUGGAUUUGAGUACACAAAUCAGAUUUGUGUUGCUGGAGAGGACUGCAGACCCAUAUCAAGCCUGAGUAGAGAGGCUUUGACCUAGGAGCUUAGCAUGAAAAACGUCCGUGCUGUAGGCCCCACAGCAUGAAGAUAAACCGCCCGCAUAAUGCGGCGGAGCCGGUGGAGUUGCCGUCUUGCAAGACAGACGCGAUUUGUGAUCACAAGUCAGCAACACAAAUUUUCGAAAGCCUACCACGUCAAUAUGGGGAGGGGGGAUUUUUCCUUGCGAUAUGAGGAAUUGAAAAAAAGGACGGCGCCGAAGUGA